CGGUGCGAGCAUGUUUACCAACGGCCUGUGACCCCGGCCCCCGUUGAGGGCCAGGAAAAUUCCAUGGGAAAGGGGCCGGUGCGGUGGAGCGAUGAGCGAGUCGGACGACAGGCUGAAGGAGCAGCAAGAGGACUGGCAGGUGUUUCAGCUGCUCUGCUCGGCCAACACUUCUUCCAAUAUGGAAGCUGAUGACAUGCCCCACGAUAUGGCUACCGCGCUACGCAGCGAGUUAGCUGCUUUGCAAUAUAAGAAGGAGCGCCUACAGGCAGAAUUACAAGAUGCUCGCAGCCAGCUGCGCGGUCGGGACCAGCGGACGCUGGAGCUUCAAGCCGAGUGCGAAAACCUGAGGGAACAGUCCGCCAGGCAGAGCGCCGUGAUAGCUUCCCUGAAAAAGCGACAGACCGAGCUAGAGGAUCGAGAGCGAUGUCUCAAUGUCAGCAGCGGCCGCAUCGAGGCCGACCUGCAGACGGUGCAGCGGGACAAACGCUAUCUCGAGGAAAAUAUCAAAGAGCUGGAAAAAAGGGUGAGAUGCUUGGAGCUGGAAUGCAACUCGGAGGAGCAGCAGAAGGACAUCGCCAGAAAAUCAAUGCACGAUUUGGUGCGGCGCCUCUCUGUGGCCCUCGGCACGGAAUUUUGCGACUCGGUGGUUUCCUGUCCCGAGUCGCUGGUGCACAAAGCCUCUGAACUGGUGCAGGAAACGGCGAGAUUGAGAACACGAGCUGCAAACACUUGCGACAGCCUAACAGCAUCUGAAGUCGAGCUGAGAACGUGCAGAGAUGCUCUCGAAAGAAGCGCCGCGGACAGAGACACGCUGCAGAGACAAGUGGCCGGCAAUUUGAUAGAAAUCGAUCGGUUGAGACAGGAUAAAGAGACGCUGGAAAUGCAGCAUAGAGUGACGGAAAGAGAGUUGUCUGACCUCAGAGAGAAAAUUUCAGUGACGAGCAGGACGCUGGGCAACGCAACUGGCUCUCUGGCCGCUCAGGAAGCGCAAAUGGCCCAACUCAGAGAGGAAGUGAAGAGUCGCGAAGAAAAGGCGUCGAGGAGCCAGUGCGAACUGAGGAGGGUGCUUGAGGGCCUCGCCGUCCAACUCAGCUCACCAGCCAGGUUCGUCGAGGCGCAGGAAGAGAGUAUCAGAGAGCGAAUCAGAGAACUGCAACACGAGUGCAAAGAACGGAGCAUUCAAGCGGAGGCGUUGCGUGAGAAGUCCAACUUGAGCAGCCAACAACUGAGUCGUGCUCUAGAGCAGAGCGACGCAUCUGCUCGCAGGGUACACGUCCUGGAGGACGACAAGGCCAGCGUCGAGUCUCGCCUCUCCAAAGUCGAGUCUGAGCUGGCGGCUGCCGACGCGGCCAGGGACGCGCUCCGCCGAGACAAAAGCAUCUAUCUCAGCUUUCUGGAAAGACUGGGAAGGGCGCUGAACAUGGAUGAGAUUUCCAAGGAUGUUGGCGUUGACCUACACACGGACAGUCUGCUCGCCAGGGCGGAACAGCUGGCACGCCUGGAAAGUGACAAGUUGGUGGAUAAGACGGCAGCCGUUUACCAACUUCAAAGGCGCGUGCGAACGCUGAGGGAACAGCUGCAGCGCAGAGAUCUGCACCUCGAUUUGCUCAGGAGGAAAAUCAAUGUGCAGGAAGAUAACACGCGGAUUAGAAAUCUGCUCGAGGGAGAGAGAGACGAAGCCAACAUCAGAGUGAAAAAGAUGCUGAAGCAAAUCGACAGAAUGCAACUACAAUUAGCUGAGUCUAGGGCCCAGGUGAGGGAUCUCAAGAGCCAGCUUGCUGAUGCUACUGAAUACAAGAUCUCUGCUCUCGAGAGAGGCCGCAAAAUCGAAGAGUUGGAGAAACGUCUUACCGAUUCGGAGCUUUUAAGAACACGCUACGGUCGUAAACUGACUCUCAUGAAGGACCAGGUACGGAAUGUUGGGCAAACAGUUGUUGAAGAGAGAAGUGCUCAUGAUCACGAUGUACAAAUAUUGAAAGAAGAUUUGUUGGUUGCUAAACAGAAUUUAGAGGAGACGCAGAAACGAGAGAAUCAGCUGCUUGGAUUGCGUGCGACCGUCGGGCGCCUCUUGGGAGUGGACCCAGCUCGAAGUCCAGUUCCGGAUUUUGAUAUAGUGAGCCGCUUGCAGAAACUGGUGCACGCACAGCGCGAAUUCGCCAACGUGUCCCGCCGUUAUGAGGACCCUCUACGGCUGCUACCCCCUAGUCCCCGCCGCUCUGCCACCCCCGGUGCUGCGGAGCUCCUUCUGCGCACCCCGGACAGUCGGGUCCUCAGGUACGACGACUCCGGCUACGUAGAUUUGCCUGACUUGAGCCCCUUGAGCGAGCUGGACGACGUGAAUGGAGUUUAUAACAAACGACCGCUCAUGAGACCUUCAACGUGACAUAGCUAUAAAAACUAAAAACCGGGUGUGUUUUGGACCCAAACCAUUUUUAGGGUGGUUGUUUGAAAAAAUGAGGGCUUAACGUGCACAACACAUAGCCUGAUAAUGGUUUUGUUACCCCUUGUACAUACUCUCCUAUAAUUACUCAAACAAAUUGCAAGUGUCUGUUGCUGAAUUCUUUCAUAAUCUGGGCUGAGAGCAGGGCUUGGGAAUCUCCGGAGCGGGUAUAGUUUCCCAAACUUGCAUAAUGCAGUGUUUUUUCGCGGCUUCUACCAGUUUCGUGUGGUUUAUUCUAUUUAAAGUCGAAUGAUACUGGGCAACAAUUGAAAAUUAUUUUAAUUGUUGGAUGCUAUAAACAAUUUGAUCGAUUAACAAUUUGUUCAACAAUUUGCAAUAAUAAAAAACGGACCUUCUUACAGUAAAAAUUCAAAUUUUGCCAAUUUUCUGCAAAAUUUACAGCGCUUGAACAUAUUUUCUUGGCAUAUUUCGAUUCCUCUCGUCGAGAUCUGUCCAACGGUGUAUGCCACUUAUUGGGGAAACUCUUGGUUCUGAAAUUAAAUGGGAUUUCAAGUAAGGAGACACCAUUUGAAAAACACCGUAACUUUCCAGCCAAUUUUCUCAAAGAAUUACAGCGCUUCUUAGGUCAAUUUAGGCUUUAACUGAAUCCUAAGGGAUGAGUUUAUGCAUUGGCAACAAGCAUUUUCCAGGCUUUUCCAGUAUCAUUCCUCUUUAAUAUGUAAAUCGAAAUAGACCAGUUUUAUCAUAAAAAUUUAUGUUAAAUGGUAUCUGAAAAUUUGGGGUUCACAUGCAACGUUUAGUAUUUUUAAAUUAUAUUUUUGUAAAUAUAAAAUCAUCCGAUAAAAUUUUAUUAAAAUUACAAAAGUUGGCAAGGAGAGCUAAAAAUAACGAAAUUCAAUAGCUGCAAAAUUUGCUUGCAAAAGCCCGGGAGGAGCAAGCCGCAAAAAACUGGAUCUGCAAAAAACUGAAUUAUUGCCAUGCCCAGCUUAACCAUCAACCGUGGUGUAACAUUAAUUGUGUCUAUUAGCAAAAUCAGAGUACAGAUUUGUAGCGCAUUUUAGCUGCAUGGCUGCAUCUUGUCAAUCAUUCUAAUAUUGCGAAUUUCAACUUAGUGGCAUCACCAAAAUGUGAUUCAUAUUUUAAUAUCUGUCACGAGCCUCAGUUAACUAGAUAAUGGGGCGAUGUUUUGGAUGUACAACAAUUGUCAC